GUCGUCGCUUCAUCGCAAGUUGUCAGAGCUGCUUUAGGGAACGGGUCAACUCAACCGACUGAGGAGGCAAAAAGGAGCGAGGUUGCGGUGGCAGAGAGAGCCAGAGAUUAUGUCCGAGGCUACUGCCUUUGUGAGACAGAAUGGAAGGGAUCCUCGUGACCACUUCCUGGUUCAGGCUCACUGCAGAAUCCAGUUUGGUCAAAACCAGGGCUAGAGGUACAGUUUUACACCUCGAGAUGGACCACAAUCCUGGGACAAAAGACGCCAUGGACCGGACCGACUUGGUUUCUGAGGAUGGAAAGAACAGCAAGUCUGUCCUUUGUCAGCGAUGCGGAUCUAAGGUGCUGUCCCCGGGAAUGGCUGUGUUAGCAGAGAAAGAGUUUAUCCUACCGUCCAUGCGGAAAAAAAGCAGCAUCGGCGCCACAGAGGGCUCAGUGGACAGGGACACAGUAACAGCCCACUGGUUAGUGGGGGAUAUGUUCGAUUUUGAGAAUGUAGGCUUCACUAACGAUGUGGGGAGAAUCAAGUAUCUCAUCUGUGCAGACUGUGAGAUCGGACCAAUCGGCUGGCACUGUUUGGAUGACAAGAUCGGUUACUAUGUUGCUUUAGACAGAGUGAACCAUGCUUAAUUUUAAAGCUUAACAAAUCAUGAAAUGGUGAAAUAGAUGAAUGCGAGCUGGCUUUUAAUGAAUUUACUUUAAGUGCUGACCCGGAAAGGCACCCAUGAAAUUCGUGCUGUACAUGUCAAUACUGUUUUCACUUACUACACAGACAGUAGUAUCAUUAUUGUGCUUUAAUAAAAAUGAUCACUUUCUCAAAUUUAAAAGGAUUUUCUGUGUGGGACCUUACGGUCAAGCUCACUUAAAUUAAUAAAGUCGCACACUGAACCAUGUCCCCUUGCAUAAAAUCAUUAUAUCAAAUGUAAGAGGGCAGAUUAUUUCAUUCUGCACUUGGUGUUGUUAUAUUAUGCAAGUGGUCAUGAUGUUGUGGGUUGUUGUUGCAGUGUUGAUUGCCAUUUCUAGCCAUGGUUGGGUAGGAAUAUAAAUAUUUGAAACUACAACCACAUUAAUAAACAACAUGGAGGGAAAAAAAGUGAGUUAAAAUGUUUUUUUUAUUGUCUAUGUAAAAAUAUGUAUAUAGCCCCUGUAUCAUAUUGGUUACAGGCAUAGACUUCACAAUGAUAUUGACGGGACACGGGGUGGGGGGGCCGAUUAAUAGGGAGCCUGCAUUGUUGGCGUGGCAGUCAAAGCUGACAGAGUGGAAUCACAGACAAACUUUUUUCAUUGAAAAUUCUUGUGAAUAAAUGCUUCUUAAAUCCCUGAAUUUAUUAUAGCUAUGGAAGUAAAACGGUCUUGAUUCUUGGUUGAAAGCACACAAAAAAAAUGCAAUUAGCAUUUAUUUUACGUAAAUAUGUCGAAGUAUGAUGCUAGUCUGUUAGUCAAUGUGGCGGCUGCCAUUUAUAUACAGAGCUUUUCCGGUGAAGAUUCUUGUGAAUAAAUGCUUAAUUCCCCAAAUUCUUUAUAGAUAUGGACGUAAAACAGUCUCGAUUCUUGGUUAAAAUUAAAAAAAAAACGUGCAGUUAGCAAUUAUUUUACAUAAAUAUGUCGAAGAAUGAUGCUAGUCUGUUAAUCAAUGUGGCGGCCGCCAUAUGUAAACAGAGCUUUUCCAAUGAAGAUUCUUGUGAAUAAAUGCUUAAUUCCCCAAAUUCUUUAUAGAUAUGGACGUAAAACAGUCUCGAUUCUUGGUUAAAAUAAAAAAUAAAAAAAAGUGCAGUUAGCAAUUAUUUUACGUAAAUAUGUCGAAGAAUGAUGCUAGUCUGUUAGUCAAUGUGGCGGCCCCCUUAUGUAAACAGAGCUUUUCCAGUGAAAAUUCUUGUGAAUAAAUGCUUAAAUCCCUAAAUUCUUUAUAGAUAUGGACGUAAAACAGUCUCUAUUCUCGGUUAAAAGCAAAAAAACGUGCAGUUAGCAAUUAUUUUACAUAAAUAUGUCGAAGAAUGAUGCUAGUCUGUUAGUCAAUUUGCCGGACGCCAUAUGUAAACAGAGCUUUUCCGGUGAAGAUUCUUGUGAAUAAAUGCUUAACUCCCCGAAUUCUUUAUAGAUAUGGACGUAAAACAGUCUCGAUUCUUGGUUAAAAGCAAAAAAAUGUGCAGUUAGCAUUUAUUUUACGUAAAUAUGUUGAAGUACAAUGCUAGUCUGUUAGUCAAUGUGGCGGCCGCCUUAUGUAAACAGAGCUUUUCCAGUGAAAAUUCUUGUGAAUAAAUGCUUAAAUCCCUAAAUUCUUUAUAGAUAUGGACGUAAAACAGUCUCUAUUCUCGGUUAAAAGCAAAAAAACGCACAGUUAGCAAUUAUUUUACAUAAAUAUGUCGAAGAAUGAUGCUAGUCUGUUAGUCAAUGUGGCGGCCGCCUUAUGUAAACAGAGCUUUUCCGGUGAAGAUUCUUGUGAAUAAAUGCUUAACUCCCCGAAUUCUUUAUAGAUAUGGACGUAAAACAGUCUCGAUUCUUGGUUAAAAGCAAAAAAAUGUGCAGUUAGCAUUUAUUUUACGUAAAUAUGUUGAAGUACAAUGCUAGUCUGUUAGUCAAUGUGGCGGCCGCCUUAUGUAAACAGAGCUUUUCCAGUGAAAAUUCUUGUGAAUAAAUGCUUAAAUCCCUAAAUUCUUUAUAGAUAUGGACGUAAAACAGUCUCUAUUCUCGGUUAAAAGCAAAAAAACGUGCAGUUAGCAAUUAUUUUACAUAAAUAUGUCGAAGAAUGAUGCUAGUCUGUUAGUCAAUGUGGCGGCCGCCUUAUGUAAACAGAGCUUUUCCGGUGAAAAUUCUUGUGAAUAAAUGCUUAACUCCCCAAAUUCUUUAUAGAUAUGGACGUAAAACAGUCUCGAUUCUUGGUUAAAAGCAAAAAAAUGUGCAGUUAGCAUUUAUUUUACGUAAAUAUGUUGAAGUACAAUGCUAGUCUGUUAGUCAAUGUGGCGGCCGCCUUAUGUAAACAGAGCUUUUCCAGUGAAAAUUCUUGUGAAUAAAUGCUUAAUUCCCCAAAUUCUUUAUAAAUAUGGACAUAAAUCAGUCUCGAUUCUUGGUUAAAAGCAAAAAACGUGCAGUUAGCAUUUAUUUUACGUAAAUAUGUCGAAGUACGAUGCUACUCUGUCAGUCAAUGUGGCGACCGCCAUUUGUAAACACAGAGCUUUUCUGGUGAAGAUUUUUGUGAAUAAAUGCUUAAAUCCCUUAAUUCUUUAUAGAUAUGGACGUAAAACAGUCUCGAUUCUUGGUUAAAAGCAAAAAAAAAAAAAAAAAAAAAGGUGCAGUAAGGAUUUAUUUUACGUUAAUAUGUUGAAGUGCAAUGCUAGUCUGUUAGUCAAUGUGGCGGCAGCCUUACAACUCACUUUUUACGUUGAAAAUUCUUGUGAAAAACGAAAAAUAUAAUUACCUUGAAUCCUUGAACAAAUCACUGCUGAGACAAUCCUUCCUGUUUGUAUGCGGUACAGCUUUCAUACUUUCUCAACAUAAAUCCGGCAUUGGAUUGCUACAUGUUUCGCUGCGACUGACUGCGAAUAACUAAAGCAGAUUGUGGGAUGGCCCCCUACUUGAAGGCGUGGCGCAGUGAAGGUCGAAUCUGACCUGUCACUAUCGUUAUGAAGUCUAUGUUACGGGGUCACUAAAUGUCAGAAAAUGUAUAAUGUGUGCGUGUGUUGGUGGGGCAUGUUUUGUUUGUGAUGUUAGAUGAAAGUAAACUGUAAACCACUUGUGAUCGUCAUCAUUGACAUCGCCAUGUUAUACACAUGUAACCCACUGUAUAUCUAUUGUCAUAGCUGUACGUGUAACCUUUCAACUUGUGAUCAUAUUUGUCGCUUGUUCGCUUUGAUGCUGUUAUCAAAAGGUUAGUUCACGCCCUUUUGGCUAAAAUCCACCAAUCGGGGAGAAGACGACGAUGCUUUUGUGCAACAGUUGACCAACAGGCAACGGAUAAAAUGAAACAAUUGAUGGAUACAAUACGGGAUUUGAUUUUAAUUAAAUAUGUUUCAAUCCAAAAUGACAAGAUUUUAAAAAACAGGCCUACCAAACCUACCAACCAUAUACUAUACCUACCAAACACGCCGAAUAAUACAAAAGCAUUCAUGUAUCUGGUUGUCAGUAUUUCAACAUAUUUCUCUAAUAUUUAUAUUACUGUAAUAGGUAUGAAUGGCCUCCAUGUCUUGAUAAAACAUUUGGCAUUCAAAUAUUAAAAGAAACAGCUGAACUAUGAUUCGUAUCUAUCCAAUCAGGGGUCUCCUUUAGACCAUUUAAAAACAAAGAUCCGGUUGUGGCGGAUUGAUAUAUAAAGUGAGUUCGAUUUUGAAAUUGCAUAGUGUUUCCAUUAUUAUGUCCAGCCGGGCGGAGUUAAACAGCUCCAGCACUUGCUCGUGAAACAGAGAAUCGGUCAUGUCUCAUGGUGUAUAAAUCAAACAUACACAACAAGGGAGUAAUCGCCUGUACGUUUUCCAUGGCCCUGUUGUAGGCAAACCACGGAACUAAUAAUCCUUAAAUAGAAAUUAAAUGGUUAAACUUAGCUAAAGUUAAUAUCGUACGGUAUUGAAAUAACCAAGUAG